AUGCAAGACGCGUUCUUGUUCUCAGCACCCGCAUCGAAUCUCAAUGUGCCUUUGACAGCACGAAAGGUCCACAUACGACGUUUAUACGAGGUUCUGCAGCUAUCUAUCCAUCGCAAUGAUCUCCCUCGUGCGCGUCGUGCUUGGAGCAUUCUUGUGAGGUGUAAAGAAAUCAAUUGGACAACGAUGUGGAAUACGGCUAUUCAUCUCGUCGAAGAGAAUUCGUAUGGUGAUGAUUCCGCGAAAAGGAUAGAACUGCUCAGAGAUAUGAUGCUUCACUAUCCAGAUUGGCAAAGGAUAGCUGUUAUCAAGGAGCUAAUAUUCCGACUGAUUCUUUCUGGUCGACAUAGGGAGGCGCUGGAUGAGUUAGAACUAUAUCUCCCGUCCUUUCCAUACCAAGACAGCCCCGUUUUGCACAUUUACGCAGGCCUUCUUUGUUUCUAUCUCUCUCAAGAACACAGCAAUUCCGAGGCGUCUACCACGUUUCAACCUAGUCUUGUACGAGAAGCUAUGGCACAUCUUGAACGUGCACAAGUGCUGGAUCCAGGUAACAUCGUAGCAGUCUCUUUCUUACACAAGGUAAGGACUUGA